CUAAUACCAUUCAGCAAUGGAGAGCAAACACAAUGUAUUCACAACAAAACUCAAACUUCUUCUACUAAUUCUUGUAACAAUGACUACAUGCAAAUGUCACACCCAUGGCUCACGGGCCAACCAAGCUGAAACCCUAAUGUCCUUCCGCCGUUCACGAACAAGAACCCACACCCAACUCAACACCAUCAUUGAGAAACCGGUCAUGGAAACGAGCUUCAAUGAAGUGAUAACAGAUGACAAUGGGAGGACAAUGGAAGACGAUUACAUAAAAGCCGGGCUUCCUGGGCAGCAAUUAUCAAAAGGGUUAAGCUUUAAACAAUUUGCAGGAUACAUCAAUGUUGAUAGCUUCAAUGGUAGAAACCUUUUCUACUACUUUGCUGAAGCUCAUCAUCAACCAUCCACUAAACCACUUGUUCUUUGGCUUAAUGGAGGACCAGGAUGUUCGUCUCUUGGGGUUGGUGCCAUGCUUGAGAUUGGGCCAUUUGGUGUUAAUGCUGAUGGCAAAACUUUAUAUUCACGACGAUUUGCAUGGAAUAGAGUUGCAAAUGUAUUAUUUUUGGAGUCACCAGCCGGAGUUGGAUUCUCUUACUCCAACACAACAAGUGAUUAUGGCUUGUCUGGGGAUAAAAGGACAGCCGAGGAUUCAUACGUGUUCCUCAUUAAUUGGUUCAAACGAUUCCCGCAUUACAAGAACCAUGACUUUUACAUAAUCGGGGAAAGUUAUGCAGGAUUUUAUAUCCCGGAGCUAGCCGAUAUAAUCACAAAGAAAAAUGUGAAGGGCCAUUCUACAUCAAAUAUCAACCUCAAGGGUAUCAUGAUAGGGAAUGGAAUAAUGAACUCUGAUACUGACGACAAAGGAUUCAACGAUUAUCUAUGGAGCCAUGCCUUGAUUUCAGAUGAAACGUAUCAGAAAUUAACACGAGACUGCGGUUACAAUAACAAUAGUAACUACUGUCAAAGCUUAGAAGAAGAACUUGGUGAAGAAAUUGGGAACAUAGAUUUCUACAACAUCUAUGGCCCGACUUGUACGCCAUUGCCUGAUGGAAUAAUGGUGAGGAAGAAGCAUCAUCGAAGAUCUGGUGGAGUAGAUCCAUGUGAAGAAGAAUACGUUGAACAUUAUCUCAAUCUUGCGAGUGUUCAAAAAGCUUUCCAUGCAAAUGUCACCAAAUUAUCUCAUCGAUGGGAAACUUGCAGCAACCUCAUAGGGAAGUGGAAGGAUAGCCCAUCAACCAUGUUUCCAAUAUACAAACGACUGAUUUCCUUGGGUCUUCGAAUACUCCUUUAUAGUGGAGAUGUUGAUGCCGUUGUUCCGGUCUCUGGCACACGUUAUUCUAUAGACGCCAUGAAUCUUACAGUGAUUAAACCUUGGCGAUUUUGGACAGACGCUACGAAACAAGUAGCCGGAUAUAAAGUUGUAUACAACGGAUUAACGUUUGCUACGGUACGAGGAGCGGGCCACGAGGUACCUCGAUUUCAACCACACCAAGCUUUUGCUCUACUAAAGAUGUUCUUGGCAGAUCGAGAUUGAAAAUGAGCACCAUUGAGUGUUGCUAAGUCUUCAUGAUGAAUUUCGAUAUUUGACCGAAAGAAAAUUAUUUUCGAUAAUGAUUUUAUUAUUUCCAGCCGGUUGAUCAAAUUUUUUACAGUCUGAGAUGUUUGCCAC